AUGCUCUGCGUCCCCGGUUGCCUUCUUGCGGCCACUGCGCUGCCCGCCCCGCCCCGCUCCCGGGGCCGCGCGCCCCGCCUCCCCGGGAGCCCUGAGCCGCCCUCCCGCGCCUCCUCGGCGGGGCGACUGAUGAAACCUAGCGUGCUCCGGGGCCGCAGGGUGUUCUUUAGGCGGGGGAGGAUGCCGCCGGCCGCGUGCGGGCUCCUGGCGGGGCCAGAGCCGCGCUCCCGUGGGGCCCGUCGUGGGCCUCAGCCUGCCCGGGCCGAGGCUGCCGCGCGAAGCCCCAAACGGCCCGCUCCGGGCUCGCGGCGCCGCGAGGUGGCCGGCCGGUGGGCCCUGCUGGCCCUGGUGACGCUCCUGUCCUUCGCCACCCGCUUCCACCGACUGGACGUGCCGCCGCACAUCUGUUGGGAUGAGACACACUUUGGAAAGAUGGGCAGUUACUACAUCAACCGCACCUUUUUCUUUGAUGUGCACCCGCCUCUGGGAAAGAUGCUGAUAGGCCUUGCUGGCUACCUGAGUGGAUAUGAUGGUACCUUUUUGUUCCAGAAGCCUGGGGACAAAUAUGAACAUCACAGCUACUUGGGAAUGAGAGGAUUCUGUGCAUUCCUCGGUUCCUGGCUGAUCCCCUUUGCCUACCUCACCGUGUUGAACCUGUCCAAGUCCCUGCCAGCAGCGCUGCUCACCGCUGCCCUCCUCACCUUUGACACAGGAUGCCUUACUCUGUCCCAGUACAUCCUCCUCGACCCUAUCCUGAUGUUCUUCAUCAUGGCUGCCAUGCUGAGCAUGGUCAAGUACAACUCUUGUGCCGACAGGCCCUUCUCUGCCCCCUGGUGGUUCUGGCUGAGCCUGACAGGCAUCAGUCUCGCUGGUGCUUUGGGGGUUAAGUUUGUUGGCCUCUUUAUCAUCCUGCACGUGGGGUUGAACACUGUUUCAGAACUCUGGGACCUGCUUGGAGACCUCCGUCUUUCGUUGGUGACUGUGGGAAAGCACCUGACUGCUCGUAUCCUGUGCCUCAUUGUGCUGCCCCUGGCUCUCUACACGGCCACUUUUGCUGUUCACUUCAUGGUGCUGAAUAAAAGUGGCCCUGGUGAUGGUUUCUUCAGCUCUGCCUUCCAGGCCCGGCUUUCAGGAAACAACCUUCACAAUGCUUCCAUCCCAGAACACCUGGCCUACGGCUCUGUGAUCACUGUGAAGAACCUCCGGAUGGCCAUCGGCUACCUGCACUCCCACAGGCACCUCUACCCCGAGGGCAUCGGUGCUCGCCAGCAGCAGGUCACCACCUAUCUGCACAAGGACUACAACAACCUGUGGAUUAUCAAGAAACAUAACACAGACUCAGAUCCCCGAGACCCUUCCUUCCCAGUGGAGUUUGUAAGACAUGGAGACAUCAUUCGACUGGAACACAAAGAGACUUCCCGGAACUUACACAGUCACUACCAUGAGGCUCCCCUGACCCGGAAGCACUAUCAGGUCACUGGCUAUGGCAUAAAUGGGACAGGAGACUCAAAUGACUUCUGGAGGAUUGAAGUUGUGAACAGAAACUUUGGAAACCGGAUCAAAGUGCUGAGAAGUCGAAUUCGCCUCAUCCAUCUGGUCACAGGGUGUGUUCUGGGCUCCUCAGGAAAGGUUCUGCCUAAGUGGGGCUGGGAGCAGCUGGAAGUGACUUGCACUCCAUACCUCAAAGAAACCCUCAACUCCAUCUGGAAUAUAGAGGACCACAUCAACCCCAAGUUGCCAAACAUCAGCCUGGAGGUGCUACAGCCCAGCUUCCCUGAGAUCUUGCUGGAGUCGCACAUGGUCAUGAUCCGGGGGAACAAUGGCCUCAAACCCAAGGACAAUGAGUUCACGUCCAAACCCUGGCACUGGCCUAUCAACUAUCAGGGCCUGCGUUUCUCGGGCAUCAAUGACACAGACUUCCGAGUCUAUCUGCUUGGCAACCCGGUGGUUUGGUGGCUGAACCUGCUGAGCGUUGCCCUCUACCUUCUCUCAGGGAGCGUCGUGGCUGUGGCUGUGCAGAGGGGGGCGCAGCUGCCCACGGAGGUUGCAGGGCUGUCCCAGGUCCUGCUGCGAGGAGGCGGCCAAGCCCUACUUGGCUGGGUGCUCCACUACGUCCCGUUCUUCCUGAUGGGCCGGAUUCUCUACUUCCACCACUACUUCCCUGCCAUGCUCUUCUCCAGCAUGCUGACAGGCAUACUGUGGGACACACUGCUGAGGCUGUGUGCCUGGGGCCUGGCCUCCCCCUCCCUGGCCAGGGCUGUCCACGUGGUGGGGAUCCUAAGCCUGCUGCUGGGAACGGCCUACAGCUUCUACCUCUUCCACCCCUUGGCCUAUGGGAUGGUCGGUCCCCUGGCUCAGGACCCCCAAAGUCCAAUGGCAGGACUGCGGUGGCUGGAAUCGUGGGACUUUUGAGGCCACUGAAGGACUUCAUCCUGGGCCCAGGAACUGCCUGGAACAGCCAGCUGUGGAGCCAGCUUCUGGACCCUUCCAGCUGUGGAGGAACCUGCCCAAGGAUCCUGGAGAGUUCUGCUGCUGCCAGGACUAAACUCUGGGAGCACCCCAGAAUUAACCCCAGCUUCAGAGCCACAGCUGUCAGAGCUGCAGCUGCA